CACGCACCCUGAAAAAUAAAUCCUAUACAUUGGAUAUCUCCAUUAAAGAUUGGAUUAAAACCUGGAGCAGAUUCACUUCACGCUGAUUUGGGAGCUGCUCACUGCCAUGUUGUAUAGGAUUGAACUUUAAAUGGCACUUUAUGGAACCUCUAAUAAGGCCGGUAAUAAAUUGAUUACACUAAGAGAUCCAGAACAUUAAUAGCUGCUGCGGUGACUUUACAUCUCAGUCAGUGAAUGAGAUCCACACAUUUUAAGGAAUAGUAUAAUAUGUUCAUAGUAUGAUUUCUAGCCUCAACCCUGGGCCUGUGCUUUGUGAGUGUGUCUGUAUGGAGGGUAAGCAUUCCAUGCCUGCUUAUGGAGGGAGACUGCAGGCUGUGCACCAGGAAUGGCUGGCCAGUGCUGGACAUUGAAACCCAACCUCUGCUGAUUGACAAGGGCAUGCAGUAACUUCAUCCCCUUCCACAUCGGUUGAAGCACCAAGUGCAACAAUUUUCAAGUCAAUAUCCAGCUAAGGCAAGGUCAGCUAUUUGUGGUUGGCCACACCUACUGAGGGAAGUACUGUAAGGCUCUUCUAUGGGGUCUCCAAAAAUAGAAGUCCCUGUCUAUUUGUUAGGUUGCACUUUAAUGGGACACAAAUCACACAACAGCAAGUGGAAAAACCCACAGGGAUAAUUUUAUAUACAAUAUUUUAAAUCAAUUAUUCUUUUCCUAAGAGCACUUUCAGGUCUGUGGUGUAAUCCUUUGCUAUUUUUUCUUGUGGAGAUUCCCCUCCAAACCCUUUCUUGAAAAUACACUGUUCUGGAAAUCAAAACCAAAUCAGCAAUGAAACUGAGCGUUGGGAUAUUUUUUGGAGGCUUCUUUGGAGCUCUUGGAAUUUUGUUCUUUUUGGUUGCCUUUGGAACAGACUAUUGGCUCCUUGCUACAGAAGUUGGAAGGUGUUCAGAAAGUCUGAAUGACACAGCGGAAGAGAAGAUUACUUUCCAUCAUGAAGGUUUCUUCUGGAGGUGCUGGUUUGAUGGGAAGGUAGAUGAGAAUGCUAACAGUAUGUGGAAGUUUUGGUAUACAAAUCAAUCACCUUCUAAAAACUGCACCCAUGCCUACCUCUCUCCAUUUCCUCUACUACGAGAUGAAAACAACUCAACUGCCUAUCAUUCUGCAAUUAUCUAUCGUGGUUUCUGGUCAGUCCUUCUGCUUCUGGGAGUAGUCACUGUGGUCAUCGCUAGCUUCUUCAUCAUUUGUGCUGCCCCAUUUGGAAGCCAUGUGCUGUACAAAACAGGGGGAGGCUUCUUCAUCGCUGCUGGUAUUUUGUUCACACUGGUGGUUGUGCUGUAUGUCAUCUGGGUCCAGGCAAUGGCGGAUCUUGAAAACUAUGUGAUUAUGAAGAAAAUAGACUGUCCAGAUUUUUCUCUCUAUGCUCGCUAUGGUUGGUCUUUUAUGUUGGCGCCAGUUGGAAUAUUUUUUACUGUGUUUUCAGGAAUGCUUUUCCUACUGGUAGGACGUACAAUUUACCUGCACUCUGAUUAGUUGAGUUUUUGAAAUAUUGGAAUCAUAGGGAAGGUUUGCUGAGAAGCUAUUUUUAUACAUUAUUAUUACUAUUAUUCCUCCUACGGUCCAGUCUAUGGAUAGUGCCAUUUUAGGUCUGCUUAGGCAAGUAGCAGAGUCUUGUACAUGUCUACUCAGAUGUGAGUCCUUACUGAAUUCAGUGGCACUUGGUUCCAAAUAAGUAUGUCUAGUUCUGAGUAAGCUUGACCAUGUGUUUUCUUUUAUUAGGUAAGUAAUGUAUAAAUGGUCAUGACAGAAGUACUUAUGCUGGAACUAACAAAUGUUCCACAGAGCAUUUCAGUUUCCUAUUAUCUCUUGUUUCAAUACUUUUCAUUAGGUUUAAUCUGAGCAAAUGUUCUGGCUCUUAAAAUAGCAUCCAAUUGUCCAUGGAAUGUUUUAGCUAACAUGGGAGUACAGAAGAUGAGGUCAGUAGAAUAGCGCUUCGAUGUUGCUAUGUAUAGCCCAAAUUAGGGGUGACUUCCCAGAUGUUGCGCAAAUACCAGCAGACAUAGACAGUAUCAUCAGCCAUCUGUAGCCAUUGAUUCUGCACCCAUUGAUUCAAUCAUCCAUGGCUUAAAAUUAUUUUUAAAAUCUGAAAGGCAAACCUUAAUUUUGCCAUUUUAUAUAAAUGACUUUUUUACUAUGUCAUUGUAUAUAAUGAAACUAGAGCACCUACGGAUUUUGGUAUCCAUGGAGGGUCCUGGAAGCAAACCCCAGUAGAUGCCAAAGGCCCCCUGUAUAGCCAAUACUUGAGAGUUGCAAUUUAACAAUAUCUAAAGUGCUAUAUGAUUCUCACAACUGGCCUUCCCCAAUCUAGAUCUGUUUCACUGACUCAGUGGAGUUUAGGUCAACUAUCGUUUGAGUUCUCCAGCCGCUCCUGACAUGCCUCACAAUUAGCUGUGCUAGCUAGGGUAGAUGAUACUUUCAGUCCAACAGUAUCUGGAAAGCCACAGAAUUUCUUCACCAAAUGCCUCCAUGUUCAAACAGUGCAGGAGAAUGGAAGAGUUCAUGGAUUAAAUCCUCUGUGAAAGCAUAUUUAACUAGGCUUUUGUUCUAAAGCUUGUUUUUUCGUUUUUGGUGUUCUUGAUUGUAGAAGAUGUAUUAUAUAGUUUGCCGUCAUUGUUUUUCUUCCCCUUGCAGUUAUGGCCUGACUCAUUUGGCCAAGUCAUUUGGCUUAUAGUUCAUCAGACACCUCCCUGACUCUUUUGUACCAUACCCAGGAUAGAAAAAAAUGCUCACCAGGAAGGAUGCAACAUCAUUUCUGGUUGUAAAAAUGGUAGCUUCAAGAUGUCAAAAUUAGCUGGUGCAGUUCUCUGAGCUCCAGAAUAUGCCCACCCCUGUUCAUCUGGUUCUCCUUUCAGAUCAAUGAGGCCAAUGGGGAAAUAAAUUAUUCCUCGCAGCCAGGGAUCAAUAUCUGUUAACAGGGUUCAGUGUUGAAGAUGCCUCUGGGAUUCCUUCCCCACUUUUAUGGUCCAGCUAUUUGAGCAGUGCCUGCUAGUUAGCCCUUUUUUCAAUUCCCAACAACUUUUGGAGUGUUGGGAGCAUUGUCAAAAAUUUAAUGGCUGAUUAAGCCCAUCUGCCUAUUGUUGCUUGGGUGCUGUCAGCACAGCCAGAUAAUCCCAACCGGAUCCACUGACUGAGGCAGGAACCCACCCUGUUUCCAUGUCCUGAUGUAACUGCCAAGAUCUCUUCAGAUUCCCAGAAUCCUGUAAUCACCUGCUUAACUAUAGAAGUGAUUCAGAGAAUAACUUUCCACAUGUUUCAAAGAAAUGUAUUACACACUCUAUUUCCUACAUCAAGAAAAUGCAACCUGUGGCCUUCUAGAUGAAAUUGGGAUCAUAACUCACAUGAGUUCUAGUCAGUAUAGUCAACAGUCAGAGAUACUGUGAACUACAAUACAAUGACAUCUGGGACUCUUUCAUAUGCCACUACUAUAGCACUGUGUUCCACUUUACUUCCAUGCCAACGUUGUGUGAAAUCCUGGUAUUUCUAGUUCGGUAAGGCAUUAGCACUCUUUGAGAAUUCUCAUGAUUCUCCCCCAAUUACCAAUUCCACAGUUCUGUAGCAAAAAGCUGCAAUUAAAAUGAAAUCAUGGUGUUUUAAUUGUGGCAUGUAGCAGGACCUGUAGAGGGUUACAUUGCCCACCCUUGUGUUAAGAGCAUGGAAACAUGUCAUAAUAGUUAACCUAUAUCUGACUGACUGCAGGGCUGGUUGUCCUUCAUGUCAUCUGGGUCCAGGCUAUGGUUGAUCUUUAAAAGGAUGUAAUUAGAAAGAAAAAAGGCUGUCCAGAUUUCUCUCUGUGUGCAUUAGUGCAUAAUACAGAGCUCAGAUCAGGAGUGGCUAUUUAUUUCACGAUCGAUGAGCCAGAAGAAAGUGAUUAACAACUAAAUGUAUGCCAAAGCUACAUCCUGAAAGUAUGGACAGAUUGCAUAGAUAAAUUUUUUUAUUCCAGCAUUUGCCAGGAAUAUAUUAUAAUUGAAUUUCUUAAAAUAUAUCUAGAUUUGUUUGUGUUUGACAUAUGUUUUCUAUGAAAAAUUGCUGUAUAUGUUCUCUUUUUUAAAAUAAAAAGUUAAUUAAGAAAAUA